AAUCACAAACAAUAUGGCGUCUGAUAGGAAGGAACUGCGUAUCUGUGAAUCUCUUUCUUUUACAAGCUAAAAACAGGCGUAUUUAAGCAGUUCAUCCUAGCUUUUAGUAAGGAAGAAGGAGGAGGACACAUUUUAGACGUAGAUUAUCACAAUUGUACCAGGUGUUCCCACUGAUUUUAAAAAUGGAUCACAAACGUUUGCUAAGUUGUUGUGUUGAGAUUUUAGAUUCGUUUAAUCCAAGGAUUCAUGGCGUUUUGGAACACCUUAAUACCUGCUUAGCAACGAAAAUGGGUCUUGGAGAAAGUGAUGAAUCGUUUCUAACGGAAGUGUUUUCUGGAUGCGUGCAAUACACAAAUAUCCUAAAGGUUGUUGUAGAUGCAUUCUAUGCUGAUGUUGGUAAGACUUCCCUUCGUGUUGACAAGAAUCUAUAUACUGUCCUGGUGUACUUGGCUCUCUACAGACUUGAUGAACUGGGCAUUGCACAUUUUAGGAAAUUUGUUAUGAGCUAUGAAGCAAACAAGAUGCACAAAUUUCUCUCAUUCUUGUUCAAUGAAAGCAACAUAAUGACAUGGAUGAAGGAUGAGUGGUGUAAACAUUACGAACACAGCUAUGUUCAAACACAAUUGAUAUCCCCUCUUUUGAGGUGGCUGCCAGAGUUAGAUGGUCUUGUUACUGAUUUAAGAGAUAAAUUAGCUAACAAACAGAAACCAAGGCAAUCAAAACCAGCAACAGAACCAAAGCCAUUCAACCUGACAAAACCAAGGCCCAGAAGUGUUCCUAUGCCAGAGAAGAUCCCAAAAUUAAAGAAGUCAAGACAGGUUCCUCAGACUACGUAUCAUGCACCUGUUGAGGAAGAUGUUAUGGCAAAGAUUAGAGAAGAAAAUCGCAAAAGAGCUGAGGAGGAAUUCUUAAGAUCCUCGGCCAGGCAACCUGCAUGUGCUAGUGCUGAGAAAUCUGCUAAAACAAAACGAAGAAUGAGACAAAUUACAGAUGAAGAGAACUCCAAGUUACAGUUCAAUAAAGUUAAAGCACAAGAUGCGCCUUCAACCACAGGUGGAAACAUUCCGAUCAAGUUAAAUGCAGCAACAAUCAUGAGAGAAGGGGUGCUCUUUCACAAGAAAGAAGAAGAGGAGCUGAAAAGACUGUUAGAGUAUGAAAAAGGAGGACGUGAUGCAACUGAAUUCUUAAGAUGGCAAGAAAGUGCGAGAAAGAAAGACUUGGAAGACAGACUCGCCGAGAUUGAAAAACGAAGAUUGGAAGGAAAGUUGAGCUACGAGGAGGCGAUACUGGCAAGACAAACAAUGAUCAAAGAAAACCAACAGCGGGUCAUGGAAAUUAAACAAGAGACAAAAGAGAUGAUGCAGAAACAUCUCGAGAGAAAGUCGAAGGAAGGUGAAGAAAUGAGGAAACUCGUCGAGCAAACCACGUUGGAACAUGAAAAUACCAAAGAGGCCCGCAAAAAACUUCAAGAAUACAACCAAAAACUGGUUCAAGAGGUCAGCAAGGAAAGUCAAGAGCUUAUGCGCAAAGCUUUAGAAGAGGCUGAAGAAGAAAUGAGACAAAGAGUUGCGCUGAUUGCGAAGAUAAGAGCCAUAGAAAGUGUACCAGUCAUUCGAUUUAAGCACGUGGAUCUCACAGAAACUUCAGGAGCUGGCCUUCUCAGUGAAAUGUCUGUAGCAGAGCUGCGAGAGAGGUUGGCGCUACUAAGAAUAGCCGAGAAAGAGGAGCAAGAGGAGAAAAGGGACAAUAUAUUGAAGUCCAAAGUGGAAAAAGACCAGUUCCUUAUGGACACUUUAGAGACUAUCGCCAAGCACCGAGCUGAGAAAGGAAACGACGCAGCCGUGAAGCUGGAGGCAAAAAAGCGUCAAAAGAAACCGGAAGUGAAGGAUCCAAAGCUAAAAGAAUUACAGGAACGACUGGAGGCAACGAAAGCAGAACGUAAGAAAGAAAGCGAACGUCUAGCGGGGGUUCCGAAGAAAAGCUCAGCACGAAGACAAAAGGCUCUACAAGAAGAGAAGGCGACACUGGAGAAGAUGAGGUGGAAAGAACUGGAACAAACACGAGAAAAAGCAGCUAAGCUUCGAGGUGAAGGCUUAGCGAGUAGGAAUUCGGCAGGAGUGCGGCCAGUAACAACAUUAAGAAAUCAGCGGACCCCAACAAAGAUUGCAUCAUAGAUAAAACGGUGUUAAAUUAUAUAAGCUACACAUGAAGUGACAUUUGCUUCUCUCCGUAAAGUCACACAGUAAUAAAAAUUUACGGUGGUUUAGGUAAAAGAUUGACAAUUCCCUCCUUUCCAUUUUUUUUUUUUUUUCUUUGUUGAUAAAGAUAUUUUGAUUCUCCCCCAUUUAUUUCUGCGAAGUAGGAAUUAUUCUUUAAUAAUAAACUAACCUUUCACAAAG